AUGGUUUCCUGCCCCAACGCUCCCGCGCUGGUUCUGCUGCGGGACGGGGGCCGGGGCGGGGGUUUGGGGUGGGAGAGCCCGGGGGUGCGGGAGAGCCCAGGGGUGCGGGAGAGCCCAGGGGUGCGUUAUCAGCGCGGGAGGAUGCUGCGGGACCGGCGCGGGGUGGGGGGAGUCCCCCGCCGGCUCCUCCGGGUGCGGGAGAGCCCAGGGGUGCGGGAGAGCCCAGGGGUGCGUUAUCAGCGCGGGAGGAUGCUGCGGGACCGGCGCGGGGAUGUGUUCGGCCGCUUUUCUUUUCUCUUUCUCUCUUCUUUUCUCUCCCACCUCCCUGCCCUCGCACCCGGCGGUCCCGGCGAUGCCGCGCACCCCCUGAGCCGGCUGGGGGGCACCUUGGCCGGCCACCGCCAUGGCCAGGCUGCAGGCUCCAUCCAGGAGGCGGCAGGGACAUUAGCCGGGGGGUCUCGGCGGCACGGCUCGCCCGCGGGCUGGGGGGAGCAGGGAGCAGCAGAAGAGCCCCCGAAGCACGACCCAACCCCGUCCACCGUGUAUGAGGCUGGGAGGCAGUACGCAGGACCCGCGUCCGCAGAGACACCCCUUCCGAUGUCCCGGCAUGAGACUUCUCCGACAACGGUGCAACCCGCCAGCAACCACCGCCCCAACGCCUGCUGCUUCUGCUGGUGCUGCUGCUGCAGUUGCUCAUGGAACGAGGACCGGGAGCGAGCGUGGAGGGCGUCCCGGGAGACCAAACUGGAGACCAUCCCAAACUGUGAAGCGUGCGCCAAACCCAGCCCGGAGGAGGUGCGGGGCUGGGCACAGUCCUUCGACAAGCUGAUGAAGAGCCCGGCGGGUCGCAACGUCUUCCGGGAGUUCUUGCGGACUGAGUACAGCGAGGAGAACAUGCUCUUCUGGCUGGCGUGCGAGGAGCUCAAAAACGAGUGCAACAAGCACACCAUCGACGAGAAGGCCAGGAUGAUCUACGAGGACUACAUCUCCAUCCUCUCGCCCAAGGAGGUGAGCCUGGACUCGCGGGUGCGGGAGGUCAUCAACCGGAAGAUGCAGGAGCCGUCCUCGCACACCUUCGACGACGCGCAGCUCCAGAUCUACACGCUGAUGCACAGAGACUCCUACCCUACGCCCGAGGAGGAACGGCCUCGGCGUGGGCUUGGGAGGAGGCGUUGGGGCACGGUCCCUCCGUGGGAUGGGGUGAGGGAUGAGCCGCGUGGGGAGGGACACGGCGGGGACCUUCCCCAAGGUAACGCUGUCCCUUUGCCUUCCCCACGGGGACCCGGCAGCGCCAAACCCAGCCCGGAGGAGGUGCGGGGCUGGGCACAGUCCUUCGACAAGCUGAUGAAGAGCCCGGCGGGUCGCAACGUCUUCCGGGAGUUCUUGCGGACUGAGUACAGCGAGGAGAACAUGCUCUUCUGGCUGGCGUGCGAGGAGCUCAAAAACGAGUGCAACAAGCACACCAUCGACGAGAAGGCCAGGAUGAUCUACGAGGACUACAUCUCCAUCCUCUCGCCCAAGGAGGUGAGCCUGGACUCGCGGGUGCGGGAGGUCAUCAACCGGAAGAUGCAGGAGCCGUCCUCGCACACCUUCGACGACGCGCAGCUCCAGAUCUACACGCUGAUGCACAGAGACUCCUACCCUCGCUUCCUGAACUCUGCCAUUUACAAAUCGCUGCUCCAGAGCGUCUCCCGCUCCUCCUCCGAGUCCUAAGGGCACCCGCCGGCCGCGGGGGACACCGGCGGGGACACGGUGGCCGGGGAGUGUGUAUGGGGGAAGGGGGAAAGAGUGGGGGGGCUCGGUGCCUCCUGCCCUCCCUGCCAG